GCUCCUGUACUUUACACCUCACCUUACAGUUCUGUUAGUGGUCAUUUUGUGCCUUAUAUAAAUAGAUCACCGGUCUGAAGAAACUUCAUUUGUCUGCUUAUUGUGUAUGGCAACAAACCUCGAAUGGUAUCAUCUUCUUCCCGUGUUGGUUGUGAUAAAUUGGGUUUGAGUUUACCGUUGCAGUGUUAAGCUGUUUGACUCAACUGCAUAACGAACUGAAUAAUAAAUUAUAUACAGGAUUAUAAUUUCUUAAGAUAAAAGUGUAUCCGUCCACACGUCCAGGAAGUCCAGUACUAAAUCAAUCAGCAAGAGAAGGUGAUGGAAAAAUUCAGUUGUAAAAUCGUUUUAGUAGGAGACAGUCGUUGUGGGAAAACUGCCCUGAUUCAUCGAUUUACUAACGACAACUUUCUAGAGGUGUAUACACCGACUGGAUUUGAACGCUAUACGACUAGUUACGAAGUAGGGGACUAUACGAUAAAUUUCACAGUGUGGGACACAUCAGGUGCUCGUGCGUAUAACACUGUUCGCCCUCUGGCGUAUAAAGAUGCCAACGUCUUCUUCUUGUGUUUCUUCAUUAGUGAACCAGACUCUCUAGAAAAUACUGUGUACAGAUGGUAUCCAGAGGUUAGAGAUCAUUCUCCUAACGUACCUGUCCUCUUAUGUGGCUGCCAAAGUGAUCUUCGCACUGACAGUGACACACUCACUUCGCUGGCAAAAAGAAAAAAGUCGCCAGUCAGCUCGGAACAGGCCUUAGUAGUUUCCAGGCAGAUUGGGGCUACCACGUAUGUGGAAACUUCAUCCAGACUCAGUGGUCGUAGCGUACAAGAUGCCUUCGAGGUUGCAUCACUUGCAGCACUGGGCAAACUCAACAAAAGCCACGUAGCCGUUCCACGCCAUUCUGCCCUAGUGAAGUCCAAGUACAAGUCUAAGCUCGACUUAAAGGAUGACUUCCGGGAUCGAACAAAAAAUUGUAUAUUAAUGUGAACUAAAUCCAUAUCUGUGUCCUGUAAAUGUAGAAAUAGUCAUGUGAAAUGUGGGCUUACCAUGCUUUGCUGCCGAAUUUGUCACGUGAUUCAGAAGGCAGAAUGAUAUUACAUGGAGCUGCCUCAAAUCGAUCGUAUUGUACAGGUUGUAUUUGACGUUAUUUUAACUUAUUAAACUUAUGACACUGGCCGGAGGAAUGAAAGAAUAGCCCAAGAUGCUGGGCAUACAUCGAAAAAAAUACGACAACAAAGAUAUAAUAGAAAUAUUUUAAGUGAUGCUAUUCUAAUCGUAAAGUCCAAAGUACAAUGUGACACAAAAGCACCACAAACAACCAUAAAUUCAACCACCUGCAGAAGCUAAAGGAAGAAACAUGAGAAUAUCUCGCAACGAUUAAAUAAGUUAUACUUAAUUUGUUUAUAACAUUUUAUGUUAAACACGCUUUUGUGAAAAAUAAUCGAAAUAAAUAAGCGUUACAGUGACACACGUAUAUUACGGUAAAAUGGAAGUGUUUACUCACACACACACAUUCAUUUGAAAAGAGUUUUAAUAA